AUGUGGAGAAGAGAAGAAAAAACAAUGGAAAGCGCUUCUCAUUCCGAACCGGAGAAAACCCUUCCCGAAAGCCCUAUGGCUGAUAAGCCUGUCGAUGUCUCACAUCAAGAAGAUUAUUUUACACCUGCCAAGAAACAAACAAAAGUGACAGCGCCCGACAACAGUAAUAAAUCCAGACCGCCGGUAUUUCGCCGCCGCACCUCCAAGAGAUUUCCUGGCAUUCUACAUGAAGAUGGUAGAAGAGAGCUUCGUGAGAAGGACUGUUAUGACAAGUUGGGGUUUUGCUUCCCAACCUACAAGAAAUGGAUGAUUUUGUCGGUGAUUUUCGCCGUGCAAGUAUCUAUGAACUUCAACACAAGCAUAUACCCCAACGCCAUUCCCUUAAUUGCUGAAAAAUGGAACAUCGAAGUCCAAAAAGUUAGAGUCAGUCAGAUGAUGUUCCUUAUUUGUUACGCUUUCGGGUGUGAGCUUUGGGCCCCGUGGUCCGAGGAAUACGGCCGUUGGCCGAUCAUGCAGUUGAGUUUAUUUUUCGUCAACAUAUGGCAGAUUUUGGGAGGUUUGGCUCCUAACUUCGGUGCUAUUGUUGUUGCAAGGUCUCUUGGCGGUCUCUCUUCCGCUGGUGGUUCUGUCACUUUGGGUAUGACUGCCGACAUGUGGGAGGCAAACGACCAAGGGUUUGCUGUGGCAUUUGUUGUUCUUUCUAGUGUCGGAGGGUCUGCGCUAGGGCCCAUUUUUGGUGGUCUAGCACAAGAACACCUUUCUUUCAGAUGGAACUUUUGGAUCCAGCUAAUAUUUGGCGGUGUUGUUCAGAUUGCCCACUUUUUCCUCGUUUCCGAGACCAGAGCCACGGCUCUUAUAGACAGAGAGGCCAAGAGAAGAAGAGAGUCCGGCGAAGAUGAUAAUAUCUACGGACCAGGCGAGAUCUACGGCCACAAGAUGUCGUUUGGAGAGGUGCUUCGGAUCUGGCGUCGUCCAUUCGAGAUGUUCUUGAAAGAGCCAAUUGUCUUGUGUCUCUCUCUUCUUUCUGGUUUCUCCGACGCUUUGAUUUUCGUUUGCAUGGAGUCGUUCACGCUAGUUUACAAACAAUGGAACUUCUCCACCACUGCCUGCGGCCUUGCUUUUGUGCCCAUUGUCAUUGGCUAUCUCCUUGCAUACGGUAUUCAUCUCCCCGAUGUAUGGAGACAGAGACAGAUUAUCAAGACGUACGGAGACGGAAGCCGUUUUGCCGAAAGAAGACUUCUUUUACUUUUGUUCAUUGCACCGCUAGAAGCCAUUGGCUUAUUUGGUUUUGCUUGGACCAGUAUGGGCCCUCACUAUAACCCGUGGAUUGCCCCUAUGAUUUUCACAGUUCUAAUUGCAAUUGCAAACUAUAGCAUCUACAUGUCCACCAUCGACUAUAUGGUUGCCGCAUACGGACCAUAUUCCGCUUCAGCCACAGGAGGAAACGGCUUUGCCCGUGAUUUUUUGGCCGGUAUCGCUGCCAUGUAUUCUGAGCCAAUGUACACUAACAUUGGCAAGAAAAGACAUUUGCAGUGGGCAAGCACUCUUUUGGGAUGCAUUGCCUUUUUGGUUUCGAUUCCAAUCUACAUUUUCUACUGGAAGGGCCCCCAAAUUAGAGAGAGAAGUAAGUUUGCCCAAACUUUGGCUGCCGACAAGAAGCUCCGGGACACUGUUUCAUCAGACGAAGAAGAAGAAGAAGAAUUGAAAGUGUAG